GCCCCCGCCUCUCUCCAUCACAGUCGCCCCUCAGCUGACGUAGCACUGCAUCUCCCUGUCUGCCCGGACACCUCUCGCUCUGUCUUUCCAUCUCUCUCUCCCUUCCUCUUCCAUCUCUCCCUCCGUCAGUCGCUCCCUGCUGGCUCUGGCCUUGGUUCUGGUGAGUGUCUGCUUGAUUGUGCUUCACUUCAUUAUUCUGAUCCUGUUCUCUGUGCAUUGUCCCUGUUUACUGGGGAGCUGGUGCCUCAUCAGUCCAUCCCCCUGACCAUCCCUCACCCCUGUUCCCCCCAGGACUUAUACCAUAUUUGCUCUGGCUGUCCACCCUGUCAGCAUGAUGGCAGGGUAGGGAUAUUUCUGGUGCUUCCACCUGACAUCCGAGAGCAGAAACUGGGGAAAUUGAGGCAAAUGUGUCUGAACCAGAGACAUUUGGAAGGGUUUGGGAUGGAGGGCAUUCCCUUUCACCUUCUGGCAUUGGCCUGAAGACAGCCAGACAUCACACCUUCCCUCCACUGCCUUUCAGGGAAUUGCUCUGCAAUCAUGGAAUACCUGAACCUGGCCUCAUUUCUCUCUCCAUCAUAUUCCCAUUAUUAUCUGGACUUUCAACCUGCUCUCACAAACUACUCCAUGAACAUAUCCUCAAAAUAGCUAUUCCUAGUGCAGCUGCAUUCACACAAAACUGUUUGUGAUGGGUACCUGCCCAUCCAUCCAUUUCAACAAAAAUUCUUAUGUCUCUCUGAUUGUCCGCCCAUACAUCCAUCUGUCCUAAAAUUAGCCUUAACUGCCAGUCCCUUCCAUCCAUCCCCCCGUCCAUCCACCUAUCCAGUCUUUCUUUCACACCUUCUCCCCUUGCUAUCUCUCAUUUCUCUGGUGAAUGAAAAGCUGGACAUGAGCUAGCAAUGUGUGCUGGCAGUUCAGAAAGCCAACUGCAUCCUGGGCUACAUCAAAAGAGAUGUGGCCAUCAGGUCAAGGGAGGGGACUGUCCCCUUCUGCUCUCCCCUCAUGAGACCCCACCUGGAGCACUGUGUACAGGUCUGGGGUCCUCAGCACAAGAAGUCUUGAAGAGGGUCCAGCACACCUCUUGAAGAGGGUCCAGAGGAGGUCCCCGGAAAUGUGGCAUCAAAGCUUUGGACUUCUAGGAAAAUCCUACACCCAUGACACAACAGGAUCCUUUUUGCUGGGGAAGUGGCUCUACAUGCCCCUCUGCUCAGUACCUCUGUGUAGUGCUGUGGUAGAUGUUGCUAUCCAGGAUUAUGUGGCUGAUGUGGCCUCAGAACUCACGUACCAGAACAAGAGUCCCAUCUCCACAGAAGUCCUCUUUGUCUUCCCCCUGGGCCCACAAAUGUCCAUGUACUCCUUCCAGGCCUGCAGUGAGGAUGCCAAGGUCCAGGCCAUGCUGCAGGAUGAGGUACCAGCAUCCAGGGAUGAAUGGGCAAACCACCACAGGGGUGUGGGAGGAGCAACCCAUGGUCUGCCUGGUGAUCAGCUUUCUGUCCUUCCCCUUCCCACCCAGGCCCAGCAGCUUCAUGAGGCUACAGGGAGCUGGGAGAAUCUGGAAUACCUUCAGGAUCAGUCUAGGUAUCCAGGCAAGGUGUUUGCCUGCUUCCUGGGCACACUGUCCCCUGGCAGGGAGCUGGUCGUGACACUACGCUAUGUCCAGGAGCUGUCACGGGAGCCAGACGGAGCAGCCCGGUUUGUGCUGCCACACACACUGCACCCCUACACACAACUCUACGCCUGGAACUGUCACAGUAACCACCUCCCCUACAGCCUGCUGCUCACCGCUAGCCUGCAGUCACCCCGUGGAGUAGCCAAUGUCCAGGCCAACUGCUCCCUCACCCCUUUGAUCUACACUGCCCAGGACCACAGCACUGCACAGGUUUGCUCUCCUGAGUAUAAGGAUCCCAGGAGUAGCUGGGGAUGUACGUCAACACUGAGAAACAAGGGAUGUGAUGAGAAACUGGGAUCAGUGCCUGUGCUCCUGGUCCAAAGUUGGGUCUGGUCCCUCCUGUGUUUGACCACACAUGUUCUUCAGGUCUCACUGGCUGGCAGCCCCCCAGGACAACAUGAUUUGGAGCUGCUGGUGUAUUUUGGAAAUCCCAGUGCAGUCAGUGCUGUGGUGGAGAAGGGAAACCCUGAGGCCCCUCCAGGCUCCCUGCUUGGUGAUCCCAUGGUGUUGGUGACACUGGCACCCAGCAUUCCUGAGCCAGUGCCUGGGCAACGCCAGUCUGGAGAGUUCAUCUUCCUCCUGGACACCACUUUUCUUGAGCAUGCCCAGGACUCCCUGCUCUUCCUCCUCAAAAGCCUGCCUCUGGGCUGCUACUUCAACAUCUACUGCUAUGAAGCAGCGUCUGUGGGCAUCUACCCGCAAAGUGUUGAAUAUACUCAGGACAACCUGACCAAUGCCCUGUGGCGCAUUCCUUCCACCGGCUCCAGUCUGGGUGACACCAACCUGCUUGAAACCCUCCGCUCAGUCUACAGUACCCCCCGCCCCCGUGGGCAUGCACGCCAGCUCUUCAUCUUCAUGACUGGGCUACCCUCUGACAAAGAAGCCAUCGCAGCUGAGGUCUGUCAUCAUCGCAACAGCCACCGGUGUUUCUCCUUCUGCUUCUCUGAGGACAGCGCUGCCCUGGCUGUAGCCCUGGCCAGGGAGACAGGGGGUGAAGUUACCUAUGUCUCCUCCAACAACAGUAUGACAGCUGUGGUGUUGCAGUGCCUGAAGAGAGCCCUCAAGCCAGCAGCUGAAGUAGUCUCUCUGAGCUGGACCCUGCCACGUGGCCUGGAGGUUGAAGUGCUGGGGGGUACUCCUCAAUCUAUCUUUCAGGGUCAACACAGUCUUCUCUAUGCCCAGAUCCAUGGACAGGCACAGGAUACAACGGUGGCCAAGGGAGUCAUGACUUUGCAGUGCAGCCUGGAGGGCGAGGAUGUCACUCACACGAUUGAAUUCCCACUGUGCUCACAGGGAGAUGGACGGCUGGCUGGGCAUCGUCUGGCUGUGAGGUCCUUACUGCAGAGAUUGUUUCUUGAGGCUGCGAGUGGGUCAGGGGAUGAACCCAGGCAUCGUGCGGUGGAGAUCAGCCUCGCUUCAGGGAUCAUCUGCCCCUUUACCAGCUAUGUGGGCAUUCGUACAUCACAGAGGGUAACCUGGUACCGAGGGCCUCUGGCACUGUUGGCACCCUGCCAGUCACACAUCCCCUGCCAGCUUGUUGAGCUUCCUGGCUCGUGUAAGGACUCUUCCUGCUAUCCGGUGACCAUCUGGGUCCCACCUGGCUGGCUGACAGCAGUGCGUGAGUCAUGGCGUGUCCUCCGUCGGCUCACCUGUGGCAUUGCUGCCCUGCCCAACCGGGGGGCUUGCUCAAAAGAACAUAAACCACUACCACCAUCUAUUUCUUCUCUCAAAUAUGUGGAUCCUACAGCAUAUGUGUUGCGCUCUCCAAUUUUUGGGCCAUGGUCCACUGAAGCCUUUGCUGAGUGCCAGAAGCUGGCAGCACUGCAGAGUGAAGAUGGCUCCUGGGCCCUCAGCUCAGGAUUGGCCUCUGUGCUGGAGGUCGAUGAAGCUGAAAUCAAGAGAAAGAUGCCUGGUGAGGUCAUGGAACCAAGCAUUUGGGCCACAGUGCUGGCUGUGACCUGGCUGCACAGACCCGACAAAUGUUACCAAGACUACUGUGAACUUCUGGAGGCCAAGGCCGUGACCUGGCUGUGCAGCCAAGCUGUGUCUCAGCUGGACAAGUGUCUGGAGGCAGCCAACAACCUCCUUGGGAGCAGUGUAAAGCCAAAUAUCUUCAGGCUCUGAGUUCACAUAUGCCUUGAUACUGACCAACAGCACCUGCAGAAAGUAUAACCCAAAUUCACACACUGUGCUGGGAUACCACUUUUGCUACCAGCUGGGGUCUUACAUUGUAGAUUAAUUCUCGCUGCUUAUAUAUUAUACUAUUUGGGCUGAACGUGUACCAUGCUGAGCUCCUCAAGAGAAAAACUCCAAUUCAGCCCCUCCAAGUGUUUAGUCUCAGUGGAGGUGGCAGUGGGAAGGAAGCCCUGUCCUUCCUGAAUUAGACUUUGGCAAAAUAGCUACUGGGUCCCACAAAGGUGGUGCUUAGGGACAUGGUUGGACCUAGUUGUGGACUUAGAAGUGCUGGUUUAACAGUUGGACUCAAUGAUCUUUUCCAAACUAAAUUAUUUUAUGAUUAUAGUUUCUGUUUGACAAGAGAGUGCUUUGCACACUAGCAAAGAAUCAGUGUUUAGUGGUAUCAACAGCAUGUACCAUUGCAGAGGCUCACAAUGAAGGACUCCUGCUGCAUGUCAGUUGCUGACCUCUUUGCUUUCCCCCAAAAGUCCAGGUUGUGUCAGAAACUCCCAUAUCUUUCCUUUGCCAUGUAAACCAAUCAUUUUGGAAGUAAAACUCUCAUCUUCAUCAGACUCAGCCCAUCAUAAGGCUUAAAAGAGCUCAAGUGACAUGAGACUGAUUUGAAAACUAUCAGUAUCUUGGAGGUGGAACUUCAGGAGCUUUUGAUUAACAAACCAGUCAUGCAAUUUACUCCCUCUGCCUCUGGGUCCUGAAUUCGUGGGUGUCACUCCAUGUUAGCAAAGUCUCUGCUUCACUUCCCAAUAAACAGUGAAUCUUCUGUAAGCCAAAA